AUAACAAUGACUAAUGUACAUUUUACUGGUGCUGCACAAGGUAAAUUUUUAUAUUUUUGAUUAUAUAUUUCAUUUUCGACACUUAUAUCAAAAAUUUUAUUUUAUUUUAUACACAUUUUUUUUCAUAGCUUCCUUUUUCCCGAAUAUUCCACACCAUCAUUUGGUUAAAUCUAGGGCUAACAACAGUAGAGUAAAAUAAAAAGGUUGCAUAUACAACUACCGGACGCGAAAAAGUUCAUUAAGAUUGAUUUGGCAUUGGUGCGGGGAGCCGUUUUUUUUAUCGGAAAAACGUGAAAAAUUUUGCGAGUUAUCGAGAUUUUUUGCGUUCUGUUAUAUCAGAGCUGGUUGCCAAACUCGUUCGUUAUCUACGCUGAUUUUGAGGCUUUACUGAAGCAAACAGACGAUUGUAUGGGUGUCUAUACUAGGACUGUUCACAUACACCAUCCCAUGAAUUACCGGUUAAUGGUGAAAACAUCGGACGAUGUAGCCUCCGAGCUCCUCGAAUGCUAUGAUAUACCGCAAUCACCGGUGGUAUAUCAUGGGUCCGAGGAUCGCGAAGAGGUAACAAAGCAUUCGUAAUGGCUGUAACGGAAGUGACGCGCAUUAUUUCCAAAUUUUUGCGUAAAACUAACGUUCCCAUCCGAAUGUCCGUCGAAUACGUGCAUAGGCACAGGAAGAAAGUGGUAUGCAACUUGUGCCGUAUAGUAUUCAAGGAUUCAAAUCCUAAAGUCGUAGAUCACUGUCUUCUACCGACAGACGUUGUGCAAUGCGUGUAACCCGAAAGUGAAAACGGUCAACUUUUUGCCGUGCUUCUUGCACAAUCAUUCAGGUUACGACGCACAUUUCAUCGUCACUGAAUUAGGGUACGACGACCAAAGGAUUUCGGUUAUACCGAAUUCCGAGGAGAAGUAUAUUUUGGUCACGAAACAUGUGACCAAUAAUUUCUCCAUACGAUUCGUCGACACCUUUCGGUUCAUGGCCUCCUCCCUGUCCACUUUGGCCGGUAAUCUAAUGACGCCCGAUUUCGUAAAAUUCCAGGAGAUGGCUAAAGUGUUACACCCGGAAGACAUGCCGUUGGUGACGCCUAAGGGCGUAUAACUUUACGAGUACACUAAUAAUUGGGCUAAAUUGAACGAAACGGAACUACCACCCCGCGACACUUUCUAUAGUCAGUUGAAUAAGUCGAAUAUCGACGAUGAUGACUAUAGACACGCCACGAAGGCGUUUCGGCUGCUCAACGUUCGGUGAGUAUAGCGACGUAUACCUUAAAAUCGACGUGUUGUUAUUGGCUGAUGUGUUUGAGAACUUCAGCAACAUCUUUACUUCAACAUACAAUUUUGAUGUACACCGAGUUGAAGCUGGAGCUCUUAAAUGACUACGACAUGCUACUGAUGAUAGAACAGGGCAUUCGUGGUGGGCUGGUGCAAGACACUAAGUACUAUACAAAAGCUAACAAUUCUAAGGUAGCAGAUUACGAUCCGAAAAACCAGACUCAUGGAUCGUGUACCAAGACUGUAAGUAAUCGAUACAUAUUUAUAUAUUUACGUGUAAUAAGUGAGUGGCAGUUGAAAAUUAUUACAGGUAAUAACCUGUACGUUUGGGCUAUGAGGUAGCCCAUACUGCACGGAAGCUUCCGGUGGUAUGAAUGAGCAGAAUCUCUGGCAGACCUCUAAUUACUGUCGGAGACUGGUAAUACGAGACAUAUAUAUGAAGUGGACGUAUCAUAUCCAGAAGAGCUGCAUGAUGAGUACAAUGACUUGCCGUUCUUGCCUGUAAACGAUCUAUCACUGGGUUCCAAAGAGUCCAAACUCAUGGUCACAUUGAAACCCAAACAACGGUACGUUGUACGCUAUGUCAACUUGAAACAGGCAACCGCACAUGGACUGCAAGUCGAUAAAGUAUAUACAUCGUACCUAAAGCUAUGAUAUUAAUAUGUUUGUCACACAGGUGCACCGCGUUUUAAAGUUUCAACAAUGUGCUUGGUUGAAACCGUUUAUUGAUUUGAACACAGAAAUGCGGAAACAGCCGGAAAAUGCUUUUGAAUUAGCAUUUUUCAAAUUAAUGAAUAAUGCCCUCUUUGGGAAAACCAUGGAAAUCAUGCGGAAACGCAUCCGCAUUGAGCUAAUCUCCAGUCCCGAACGUCUAAGCAAUCUUGUAAACCAACCAACCUUCAACGAUUGUAUCAAAUACGGUGAAAAAUUGUGCGCUGUCAUAAAGGACACGAAAAUAGUAAAGAUUGUUAAACCUAUAUACGUUGGUUUAGCAGUGCUUGAAAUUAGCAAGACGCUAAUGUACAAGUAUUACUACAACUUAUUAAAACCUCAUUAUGGUGACGCAAUCAGUCUGGUUUAUAUGGAUACUGACUCCUUCAUAUACCUGCUCAGAGUCAGAGACUUCUACCAGGAUUUAGUUGAUAGCCACGAUUUACUGAUGCACGUGGACACAUCUAUCCUGCCCAAGGAUCACCCUUGUUACUCAACCUCGAGAAAGAAGAUGCCGUUUUCUUCUGUCCUUUUCUCAAUACGUAUUUCAAUGUUUAAUACCGUAAAAUAAUACAUGAAAAUUCAAAUUUUCACAAACUUCAAAACGCUGCAGAAUAUUUACUACUCAAUAUUAAAAAGACAUUUUUUUACUAAAAUUUUUCUUAAA